AUGGGGGAAUCCCAAGUUUCCAUGCGUCUCACGGAAGACGUGGUUUUGUGCAGAAGCAAAAUCCAGUCCGGCAGUGAGAACAAGGUCUGCGUGUACAACAGUCAGCGGUGGGACCUUAAUCACUACCAAUUCCCAACAGCCUCACAAGCUUGUUGCAUUUCUGGUGUUUUAGGUUUUGGUCUGAAGGUUAAAUGGCAGGUGUUUGGUCCAGCAGAGCAGGGUGUGUUAAGAGAAGCACAGUACCAGGGCCCACAGGGGGCAGGUUCGAACAAGAGGGUCUUGCAGGAUUGUUGUUUCUGA